AGUAAUGGCUUUGGACUUAUUUUUCGUACCAAAUCAUCGCAACUAUUAUCGCCCACAAAGUCGAUGGUCUCGUUUCAGAGAUGAGGAUCUGUUGGACAGUCUUCUGAUGCCAUCGUUUGUGUUGGAUAUUCCUCGAGAUAAUGGCAAAAGAGUUGCUGCAAAUGUGAAGAGCGAUCACAAGAAGUUUAAAGUGAGUCUCGAUUGCAAUCAUUUCACUCCCGAAGAGAUUGAGGUGAAGACAGUGGACAGGGAUGUGAUAAUUCAUGGCAAACAUGAAGAGAGAAUGGAUAAUCACGGAUGGGUUAGCCGUGAGUUCACCCGAAAGUAUACACUUCCAGAGGAAUGCGAAGCCGAAGACGUGAAGUCAUCGCUCGACUCGAAUGGAGUGCUGACUAUCGAAGUCGCAACUAUUGUCGCCCUCAAAGUCGAUGAUGAGGAUCUGUUGGACAGUCUUCUGAUGCCAUCGUUUGUAUUGGAUAUUCCUCGAGAUAAUGGCAAAAGAGUUGCUGCAAAUGUGAAGAGCGAUCAGAAAAAGUUUAAAGUGAGUCUCGAUUGCAAUCAUUUCACUCCCGAAGAGAUUGAAGUGAAGACAGUGGACAGGGAUGUGAUAAUUCACGGCAAACAUGAAGAGAGAAUGGAUAAUCACGGAUGGGUUAGCCGUGAGUUCACCCGAAAGUAUACACUUCCAGAGGAAUGCGAAGCCGAAGACGUGAAGUCAUCGCUCGACUCGAAUGGAGUGCUGACUAUCGAAGUGAAGAGAGAAUGGAUAAUCACGGAUGGCCGUGAGUUCACCCGAAAGUAUACACUUCCAGAGGAAUGCGAAGCCGAAGACGUGAAGUCAUCGCUCGACUCGAAUGGAGUGCUGACUAUCGAAGCGCCCAAAAGACGUGUCGAACCAAUGAUUGACAACCAGAGAGUGGUUCCCAUUCAAGUCAUUCAUCAGACAUCCGCUGUUGAAGACAACAAAGACACUCAAAAC